AUGCCGCACCGUGCUGUAAUUCGCGAUUCUGAGACUACUAGUGUCCGUGUAGUUUUCGAUGCUUCUUCGAAGACCGGAAACUUCAAAUCCUUAAACGAAUGUCUAGAAACCGAUCCAAAUUUGAAUCCGAAUGUUCUUGACGUGAUCCUGAGGUUUCGUGAACUUGAAAUAGCAUUUUGUGGGGACAUAGAAAAGGCAUUUUUAGUGAUUAGCAUUGCAAAAGAAGAUAGGGAUUACUUGAGAUUUCUUUGGUUUGGGAAUGAUGAGAAAUCAUGUUAUAUUAUGCGCAUGUGUCGGUUUCCUUUCGGAACAGCGGUUAGUCCCUUUCUGUUGGCUGCUACAAUAAAAUAUCACAUCAAAGGGUAUAAAGAGGACCAUCCCGAGAGUUUUAAAAUGCUUAAUUCUUCUAUUUACGUUGAUGACUUAUUUUAUGGAAGUAAAACUGUAGAAGAUGCAUACCGAUUGUCUGUAGAUGCUGUAAAUAUUUUUCGCGAUGCAGGUAUGAAUUUGAGAAAACUGAAAUCGAAUUCAGAUGAAUUAAAUACAUUACGGAUGAAGUCAAAUAUUAAAGGGAAAGAUGAUUUCAAUAAAGAAACAAAAUUUUUUAGCAUGAUUUGGAAUCCUAGUAACGAUGUAAUAAAAUUAAACAUGAAACCAGUUCAGGAGUGA